CGAGAAAAUGUAUAUAUAUAUAUAUAUAAGUUCGGUUACAAACGAUCUCUCUGAUAUUAUAUAGGGAGAAUUUCUUUUGGUUAUGCAAUAGUGCAUUUCGUGUGUACUACUUUUAUACCACCAAGUUCGUGUCGUGAGAUUUGACGAUAAACUUGGCACAAGUUUUUCCCCGUUCGGUAGGUUGCUUGGUCGCUUUUUUCUAUUUUUUUUUGUUCUUUUUAAAAGUACCGCUUGAAAAAGAGGGUGAAAGUAGAGUGAAAAAGGGUGAAAGGGAGAGAGGACGCUGAUAAGUUUAUAAUAACUAAUAAAGUACCGAUCCUAUCCGAACAUCCCCCUGUUGCUUUUAAAUAUAAAUUGGUUAUAACGCGAGCCUGUAACAAGAGGGUUGAAGAACAUAUUCUAAUCAACUCUAUCCCUUCUUAUAUCUGUGUUACAAAUAUGAAUAAAUACACAUACACACGCGUAUAUAUCGUAAAAAUCGCUCGAUAAACGUGUUCAUAUUGUUGGUAAUAAGGAUAAGAAUUUGCUAAAAAGAUCUUUAGAAAAAGAGAGAGAGAGUAAGAAGAAGAAUAAGAAGAAUAGGAUGAAGGACAGAUGGUUUCAACGAAACGAAACGUAAGUAUCCGGGUUCUUCGUGUGUUCCAUCGGUUCGACAUCUAUGACAGGAUCUACAAGCUCGGAGGGCCUAAGGCCCCAGGAAACCUCACCUAUUCCUACAAGGACAACAUUAUUUUCUCACGAUUCUUUCGUGAACGAGGAACGAAGUCAGCAUCAUCAGCCUCGUCGGAAGAUGACUCCAUUACCACCACCGACUGGUACACCAAUACAACUAACUCCACUUUGGGAACACGUGGUUCGAACGAGAAGAUUUCCAACAGAGAUCGAUACUCGAUUGAUCUUUGUGGAGAUAUCAGAAAGAUUGCGAGAUCCAGAAUGGGAAGUACGUCAACACGCGGUUCGUGUUUUAAUGGACGUGAUGCCGACUCUAUCCGCAGAAAUCGUCGACGAGGUAAUGCAACCGGUGGUACCAGAAUUAUUAAAUAAUUUAGGUCAUGCAGCACCGGCCGUUCGUAAGGGUGCUUUGGACGCAUUGAGAGUUUACCUCGUACAUUGUCUUGAUAAAGAAAGGAUCGUGAAAAAUAUAUUUCGGGAUGGUUUUAAUCGACGAGAUGCUCAGGACGUAUUCCAAACGAAUUUGAUAACAGGAGUGAUAUUAAGUGCACCAUCAUUGUUAUUCCCAUCGUCGAAUAGUACACGUCCUAGCAAAGAUAUCAUCAAAUACGUAACCUUUUCAUUGGCCUCGCGUUUGACUCAGGUUACCUAUCAGGAAGCUAUUUUCAAAUCGUUGAUGAAAAUUCGCGAGACGAUAGGUACCGGUGAAUUCGACGACAUUAUUUCCGGUUACGACGGUGAACUGAAAAAACACUUGGAAGUUCUCUGCAAGGUUUACAACGUUAAACCGAGUAAGAAGAACCAAACUAAGGUAUCUUUGGAAAGGAAAGAAGUUAACAAUUUAGAAGAAGAAGAUGUUGGAUCAACUACUACUUGCGAUAGAAUUUGGGAUAGCGAUAGUGAUACUUCUGGCAUUGCUGAGGAAGAAGAUGAAAUCGUUGAUGCAGGAAUUAUACCUGCAUCUGCACCACCAGCACGAGUGGUAUUAGAAACAGAAAUAAAAUUCAACGAAGAGACUGCUAUAACUAUGACAAUUCUAGAAGAAAAAUCAACGAACAGCGAGGAAGACGAAGAGGCUGAAGAAAGUGGUACGGAUGUAAGAAACGAAACUGAAAUAACGAGUGAACAUAACGACAAAAGGAAAACACCCAGGCGUGUACACUUCGGUGGUGAAAUUGUUAAAUUAAGGACACCCGAUAGCGACGAUACCGAAUCGGUUCUCGUAGUUUCUUCAAAAACUAGGAUACCCCUUCCAGUUUCACCAGCUACAAAAAUGCCAUCGGAACGACCACGUCGUAGAUCUAUAUCUCAACCCAACAGUCCUCAUUUUGCUAGACGUAACAACGAUAGAAGAAUGUCAAGAUCACUUUCGAAUAGUCCUAAAAGAGAAUUUUAUACUCACAAUGCUGACCUAAGCCCGAAAAAAGGUAUCCUAACGCGAACGAACAGUCCACUUUUUCUUAUCGAAUCGAUCGAUCGUCAGUUAAACGAUAAGAAAGAUAAACGCAAUGAAAAAUCUCUAGAAACAUCUAAUAGAUCGGCAUCACCGAAAUUAAAUAUCGACGAAUCUAAUAAUCGAUCUUUCGUAGAAAAUCUUUUUAACAACGAUAAAUCGUCCGACGAUAUUCAACGAGAAAAUGAUCAUAGAAAAGAUAAAGAUGAUACAAGAUUGUUCAGAUCGUUCAGCGUUCCCUCCAUGAAAGUGAUAGAAAAUAAUUACGAAUCGAAAGAAUUCAAACAAAAAAUCAAAACUGUCAAAGAUAAAGAUAAUAAAUCGUUUAAUAAUAAUAAUAAUAAUAAUAAUAAUAUCCCUGAAAUGUCAUCGAUGAAAAAUCAAUCCAAUAUUCAUUCGUCUAACGAAAAUAUUCUAGAUACUAAUAGAUCAUUAUCAUCGUUUGAUACGAAAGUUGAUAACAAAGCUAUCUCGAACGAAUUGAAUCGUGAAAAAGGUGACAACGAGAGAUCCUUGAAAAUCGAUGAAAAGAUAAAGGAUAACAUUGGCUUACCAACUACGUCAGGAUUAAAAUCAAACGAACGUGAAUCUAUUAAUAAUAUACGAAAGAUUCAUAGCUCGAAAACAUUCAAACGUGAUUCACGUGAUACACGUGAUUCAUGUUUGCCAGUAAAGAAUGUUGAUUCGGUUAAUAAAAUGAAUUCACGGAAAUCUUCUAAUGAAUCCGAAGAAAUACGAUAUAGAAUUAAAACGAGUCAUGAUAAGGGAAAUGGAAACGUUACUUCUGGCGGUGGUAACAACAACAACAACAACAACAACAAGAACGAGAAUAAAUCACAGGAACCAAGUUGGGAAGAAUUGGGAUUGGUUAAUCGUGAAGUUUUGGAUGAUUUGCAUAACAAGGAGGAUUGGCGUGCUCGCGUAAGGGGUCUCGAAAGAGUAGCAUCGGCAUUAAGAACUCCUUCAGCACUAAUCGCGAUAGAACCCAGAUUAGGAUCACUUUUGCAUGCUGUGCUUGGCGGUGAAAGGAGCUGUCGCGUAGCAGCUGCUGGUUUAGCUGUUGCAAAGAUCGUUGUUGCUGGUGUCACGGAAGAUGCACUCAAACGAAGAUUAGCUCAAUUAGCUUGGGGAUUGGCUAGACAAGGUGGACCUAGUGCUGCUCAACUUGCCCGAAUUGCUAUGCUCAGAUUAAAACCUGCAUAUCUUUUAGAACAAUUUUUACAACCGCAAUGUCUCGGGGCUAGAAAUGCUAAGACGAGAGAGAACGCAUUGCAAUUGUUGAUCUUCUCCUUCGUCACUUUUCCCAGUACAGAAUUUAAAGUCGAAACUGUGGCACAUAAAGUUGCUCUUAUGGUUGGUGAUAGACGUCGAAGAGUAAGACAAGCUGCUUUAGAUGCCUUAGCUGUUUUAGCACAAAUUUACGAACCCGAAGAGGUUUUACGAGCAGGGAAAAGAGCAUCAGCCAGUAGGCACGAUGGCGAGGCUAUGUUUUCAGCUAUAAGAUCUCGUCUAGCUAGAAAAUCAUUGCCUUUGGUAUCUGCCGAUGGUUUGGUCGUUUAUGGUUUACAAAUUUCACCAACCGUUCAAAUUGCUACCGGACCUGACGUUGAUUGGAUCGUAGCCGGAAGUGGUUCGGUUUCACCUGGUACAGGACGUAGCAAACGUCAAAUCGCAACGGCUAAACCUGACAGGGGAAAUUUUUUGAGAAAUAAAAAUGCAAAGAAGUAUGGGAGCCCAUGGGCAAACAGACAAAAUUUGUUUGCGCGUGGUAUAGCUUUACGUUCUACAAACGAGAAACCCGUAGUAUGGCAAAUAUUACCUCAAAAUCAGGAGGACACUUUAUCGCGUUUAAAUGAUGUUCAAGGGUUGGAAGAACGAAUUGAUGAUAUUGGUAAUCACAAUGAUGGUCAUUCACGUACAAGUCGAGAUAAUCAGAAUACAAAUACAUUGAAUAGAAAUGGAAUUAGUAUAAAUCUAAAUCAUCGAGUAACAGCACAAAUCAAUCUCAAUGAUAAUGAAAAUAUCAAUUUUCAAGAUGAUCGUUUGGUUCGACCAUUGUCUCAAGAAACAUCGAACAUCAGAAUGGAAUCCAAAAUUCCGAUACUUUAUUCACGAGGAACAUCGAGUACAAAAUUAAACGAUCAAUCAUCUAACCCUUUAUCCGAAAAUAAUUUAGAUCAGUUAAAUGCUAAAUUAAGAAAAAAUACUCUAUACAAUUCGGAGAAUAAAAAUAACGUUUUAAAAUUAAGAAGUAAAAAUAUUGGAUUAGAAACAACGUAUCAAAGACGCAAACGUUUUCAACAAGAUGCCGGAAUAUCUCCUAUGACAUCGUUAGAUAGCCAAGUAACGAAUCAAACAUUCGAUUCCCAUAGAAAUACGUAUCGUCCUUUAUCCUGUACAAUAAAUUCACAUUACACCGUGGAAAGUAAUCAAAAUAUAUCGAAUGAAGUAAACAUUAGAUCGAAAUUCGUAUCUCAAGAUCAUCCUCGAGCAAUAGUCAAGGAAAGAUAUUCGAAGAGUUCUGACGGCUAUUUAAAAUAUUCGAGAAUGAAACCAAUUGAAACAACGUUACCAUCACCAUAUACAAUAUUCGAUACUAAUCAACAAAACAAAUUACCACAUUUCGAAACAUUUGAUACAAUUUUCCAACGACAAAGACAAUUAAUUAACGGAGCAUCGUUUAAAACAUUGAAUACAACUAACACUGCUGCGUAUACACGUAAUUAUCAAGAUCUGGCCAAUACAAAAGGUGAAGAAACAAUAAUUAAUCAUCAAUCGUAUGGACAGUCAAGAAAUGAUUGGAAAAUUAACGAGCCGAUUAAUCAACAAUUUACCGAGACUGAACAAUCAUCAUCUAGCACACGUACAGAUGAUCCUGUGUUUAUAAAUAGUCCUUUCAGAAGACGAAUACGUUCAUUAUCGCCAUCGCAGCUUUUUCAUCAGGACAGAUUCACCGUAGGCGUAUACAAAAAAAUUCAAAGAUCUUCUGUGCAUGAUACAGAUAAAGCACCUGUGAACGAAGAAAUAUACAACGAUGGACAAAACAAGGAUUAUUAUUUAUCAGAAAAUAAUGUUUAUCCUAGACAUGUUUUAAACAACGAAGAAAUAAUUCACAAAGUAAGAGUAAGAAGUCCUGACAGUACAUCAUCGGAUACAUCGGAUGUUCAUUUAAAACCUAAAAGAAAUGAUAGUAUAUUAAGAUCUCUUUUGGAAAAACGUCAAGAUAAUAAUGAUAUCGAUGCAAUUGAUACAUUGAUUUUUCAAAACGAAAUCAAUGAAAAAGCUUUCGACGUUAUUUCAAAUAAAUCACCAGAAAUAAAUCCUAUCGAUUCCUAUGACUUAACAACGAAAGAAUCGGAUACUUCAACCGAAGUUACAAGUACAUCUGCCGAGGAUGAAAUUUUGAAGGAUUGGAGUAGCGACGAAGGGAUCAAAUUAAUAAACAAAGAAACUAUUUUGGAAGAAAGAGAGGAAUCAAUUAAAAACUAUGACGAUUCGAAUUUAAAUAGUGACAAUUCUGACACGAUGAACGAAGAAAUAAAUGAUGUGAACUUGCGUAGAAAAUCGAACGUUACCAAAAUAGAUCAAGAUAUUAUAAUGAACGAAUUAUCAAUGUCAUCUGGUCAAAAUUCAUUGGAAAUUAAUUUUAAAAUCAAUAAAACGUUGCCCGAUAAUUGGUCAUUUUCAUCUCCUAAACAUUCAAACGUUAUAGUCCAAUCCGAAUUGGAUUAUUCUACGCCGAUUGAUGAUUUAGGAUUGUUCGGUUCACCGAGAAGGUAUUCUCUUCGUUCAAGUUCAGAACAGUUCUCCGACGAUAACAUCGAUAUAUUAUUGGAAAAUGUUGAAAAAGAAGAAAUUUUUCAUAUAGAUGAACCUAUGACUAUCACAAGUGAAGAAAUGAUAAUAUCUAAAUUAGAAAAUGUCGAUGAAUCUAUUUCAACGUUAUUAAACAAUACUACGGAUUACGUUGAUAAUUCUAGAGAUAUUGCAUCAAAUGUUGAUUCGGAAGAUAUUUCAAAUGAUAUUUCUAUGACAAAUAUUGCGUUUACUAAGAUACCUACUACUAUUAUUUCGGAAAGUUUUACGAAAUUGGACGGUAUUAGAGAUAAUAUCGAAAAAAAAGAUGAUAAAGAAAAUAACGAAGCACCUGCGAUUAUUAAAAUAGAACAACAACCUAUAGAAAAUGCAGGAGUCUUUAAAAAGCCAUUACCUAAGCACAUACUUCGUACCAAAUCUAGGAAUAUUUUUAAUAAAUCAAACACGAGUUAUCAUCAUUCGGAUAAAGCAACGGAUACACAGAAAAAUAUUCUACACAAGUGUUUUGAACAACUAGAUAAUAAAGACUGGGAGAUAACGAUAAAAGGACUUCAAUCUUUAUCUCAAUUAGCUAAACAACAUCCGGAGUAUCUGGAUACUAAUAUUGGUGGUAUGGUAGCUCGAUUAUUAGGUCGGCACAUUAAAAGUCUUCGUUCUCAGGUAGCACGUGCUGCUUGUACAGCUGCUGGUGAUAUUUUUAGUUGUCAAAUUCGUAGUAUAGAUCAGGAUCUAGAUGAUAUUGUUGGACCACUGCUUCAUAGAACAGCUGAUACGAAUCGUUUUUUACGAUCUAAUAGUAACGCAGCAUUGGAUAAAAUGGUCGAAUCACUUCCCCCGCAUAAAACUAUCGUUGCUAUCGUAUUCCGUGGUGCAAAUCAUCAAAAUGCGAUCGUAAGAGCAACCACUGCGAGAUUACUAUCAUCGAUUGUAGAACGUAUUGGUGCUGAACACGCUAUGAUGUUACCUCGUGAUGUUAGAGAUAAAUUAAUUAAUUCAGGAGCUAAAUUAUUGACGGAUGGAAAUUUAGACGCAAGAAAUCAUGCAAAGAAGAUUUUUAGACAAUUAAUGAAUUACGAGGGUUUCCAAAAAGCUUUGAACGAUGCCGUAUCAGAAAAGACCUUGAGGCACAUCGAUAAAACUUUGAGAUCCCUUUAAUCAUACAUUUUAAUGAACGAUAAACGAUGAUCAAAUAAUAUUUAAAUUUCACAAAAUUUAUGUUUCCUAUACGUAAAAAAUAAGAAAAUGAUUUGACCACUAUAAAUAAUAAUUAAUUAAACGGUCAAUUUGUGUGUGUGUGCGACAUGUGUUAAUUCAAAUUCUUAACUCUUUAAUGAUGAAUUAACGAUGAGUUUAAAUCAUCUAAUUUGUUGAGAAAAUUAACAAUCAACGCAAAUAUUAUUAAAGAUCAUGACGUCUUAUAAUACUUAUUUAGUUCUAAAUAUUAACGUAUAUGCGAAAAGAAAAGGUCUUUCUAAAAAAAAAAGGAAAAAAAAAAAAAUUAAAAGAAAAAGAGACAAAAAAUUAAAAAAAAUUAAAAUUAUUCGACUUGUAUCUAUAAAAAAGGGGUAUAGGGUACAACAAUAAUUAUUUGAAGAGCGAUCAAAUUUGAAUUAUUAUCAUGUAUAUUUAAUUUUACUUGAUCUCUUUCAUACAUCGUUUAUUCUAAAUCAUUUGAUGUAUGAUCGUAAUAUCUAAUCGUUUUUCUA